AUGUCUUCUAAUAAAGCAGAACCACCAGUUGUUACAAUAUCGGAUGGAGAGCUAUCUAGCUCAGACGAAGAACUUAAUUAUAGUCGGAAGAGGAGAUUAGGAAGUCGAACUCCUUCACCUGUUGUAGUCAAUGCCAGAGUUAAUAAAGGAAAUGAGACUGACUAUGGGGACUUUUUGAUCGAUCGCUCUGAAUCCGUUGCCGUUACCUCCAAUGAGUUAUCGAAAGAUCCUAAUAAGGAAGAGAAAUCGGAUUGGAUGAUGAAAGUAUCAUCUGAGGUGCUCAGCCCAUUCAGUGCGAAUACGACAGCUCAAGGAGAGCCACAACAGAAAAGGAGAAGAAAUGGUUGUUUCAAUUGUGGAGGUGAUCAUCCAGUCACUAAUUGCCCAGAACCUAAAGAUGCCAAUCGCAUUCGUGAGGCUCAACAAGCUCGUCGAGAACAGGUCCGCGCUAGAACGGAUAAUCAGCGCUACCAUGAAGAUGACAAAAAAGUGGAGAAGUUCCGACCUGGAAGAAUUUCCAACAGUCUUCGCUCGGCUCUUGGUAUUGGCACGGACGAUAUCCCAGAAUGGAUAUACCGGAUGCGGAAAAUGGGUUUCAUAGAUGGAUACCCUCCUGGAUACUUGAAACAAGCCAUAAUCAAAGAUACCUCUCAUAAGUUGCUAUCUUUCCACUCCAUUGACGGGUUAGGAGAUUAUACGCCAGAAGACGAUGGUAGAGAGAGUCCACCUCCUCAGUUAGAUAGUAACAAGAUGAUUUACUUCAUGGGCUUCAACCAGUACUACCGCAGUCUUAAAGAUAGGGAGCGAUUCAAUGUACCACCUUUCAAUGAGUUCUGUGACUUCCAUCGUGAUCAUCUGCUUAAAAAGCAUGAAGACCAUAUCAAGCAACGAAGGCGGGACAGAGAACGACAGAAACAGAAGGAAACGAAGACGAACCUAAACCAGGAUAAUGAAGUUAUAACACUGGAUUCAGCUCAUAGCUCCGAUGAGGAUGUAAUCGUGCUUGAUGGCACGGUACCAACUAAUAUACCUAUUACUAACGAAGAAGAAAGUUUGAAAUCGCCAGUGACUAAAGAACCAAAAGAAGAGGUUAUCUCCACUCCUAAGGGUUCUAUUAAAUCGGUUGUACUUCGCACUCCAAUCCCUCAGCGUCGUAAUGCUGCUGGAGAAGUUGCAGCUGAUGAAAUUCCAGAUCUAGAUAAAUUCAAAGAGGGUAUAAUUCCAUUCCAAGUCGAAGAAGAGUCUACACCUCAUAGAGGUUUCUUGAAGAAAAUUGUGGCCAAGAUCAAGCAAGUAACUGGCAGAAAAUGA